CCGGCCGCCCCUCCCCGAGCCCGGCCCGCCGGAGCACGCGGCCCCUGGGAAGCCGCUGCCCGCCGAGCGGCGGGAAAUGCUCCCCAAGGCUGAGUCCAGCGACCACAUCUCGGCCUGGGCCGGCUCGUCGCCCCGGGCCCCCGGCCUGCCCAAAGCCGUCUCCAGCGAGUUCCUGGCCGGCGGGCGGGUCGGCCUGUCCAAGCCUGCAGCCCUCUCCAAACCGGAGCCGGACGAGCUCCCCCUCUUCGGGAGGACCCUCGGCCUGCCCAGCUCCGGCGACUCGUGUGACACGCUCCUGGGCUGCUCGGGACGCGUCCCGGAGGACGGCUCGUUCCGCAUCACGGUGGUCACCUGGAACGUGGGCACAGCCAUGCCCCCGAAUGAUGUGACAUCCCUGCUGCACCUGAACACAGGCGAGGCACAUGAUUCGGAUAUGAUCGCCAUUGGGUUUGCUGUGGUGUAUGUGGAUUCCUGCCGAGACCAAGGAAUUGCUGCCCUUGCCCAGGGAGUAAGAAGCAACCUCUGCAGGUUGCAAGAGGUGAACUCAAAGAUAAACAAGCGCCUGAAGGAUGCCCUCUUCACAGAUCAGUGGAGUGAGCUCUUCAUGGAUGUGCUGAGCCCCUUCCACUUUGUCCUGGUCAGCACAGUGCGGAUGCAAGGGGUGAUCCUGCUGGUAUUUGCCAAGUACUACCACCUGCCCUUCCUGCAGGACAUCCAGACAGACUGCACCAGGACAGGGCUGGGAGGCUACUGGGGCAACAAGGGUGGAGUGAGUGUUCGUCUCUCCAUCUUUGGCCACAUGGUUUGCUUCCUGAACUGCCACCUGCCAGCACACCUGGAGAAGGCAGAGCAGCGCAAGGAGGACUUUGCCACCAUCCUGCACAUGCAGCAGUUUGAGGGCCAUGCUGCCAGCGGCAUCCUGGACCAUGACCUUGUAUUCUGGUUUGGGGACCUCAACUUCCGCAUUGAGAGCCUGGACAUCCGCUUUGUGAAGUACGCCAUCGACAGCAACAUCCUGAGCCAGCUCUGGGAGAAGGACCAGCUGAACAUUGCCAAGAGCACCUGGCCUGUCCUCAGUGGCUUUCAGGAGGGACCCCUGAACUUCCCACCCACCUUCAAGUUCGACGUGGGCACCAACAAGUAUGACAGCAGUGCCAAGAAGCGGAAACCCGCCUGGACCGACCGCAUUCUCUGGAAGAUCAAAGCUCCCAGCACUGGGCUGGGUGUGGGCGGGCGCCGGCCCAGCCGCACCGUGCUGUCAGUGAGCCAGCUCUGCUACUGCAGCCACAUGGAAUACACCAUCAGCGACCACAAACCUGUGGCUGCCAUCUUCGCAGUGCAGUUUGCUUCCAAGGCAGACAAGCCUCCAGUUGAGGUUUAUGUGGCUGAUGAAUGGAGCAGGCCAGAGCAAGCAGUCGUCAAGUACAGGAUGGCUGCUGGCUUCCAUCGGAGCUCCUGGGACUGGAUCGGACUCUACCGGGUGGGCUUUCGCCAUCCUAAAGACUACGUGUCCUACGUGUGGGCCAGGAGUGAGGAGGGAGAGCGCUGCCUGGAAAAGCAGCUGUGUGCACAGGUGAUGUUCUCAGAGGAGGCACUGCCCAAGGGGAAGGGCGAGUACAUCCUUGGGUACUACAGCAACACCUCCAGCAGCAUCGCUGGCGUGACAGAGCCCUUCCAGAUCUCCCUGCCCAGGUCUGAGGAAGGCAGCAGCCCCACGGACAGCUCCGGCAGCAGCUCGGAAGAGGAGGAUGACAGCACCAUUGUCCUGCUGGCCCCCAAGUCCCGCAGCCCCAGCCCAGGCAAGAUGAAGCGGCACAGGAGCCGAAGCCCCAGCCUGGCCAAGUUCCAGGGCCUCAUCCUGCGCCCGUCCAGCUGGGACAGGGCGAUGAGCCGCAGUCCCUCCCCCCAGAGCCGCCGGGGCCUCCCCGGGGACAUCCCCACCAUCCACCUGCCCCGGGAGGAGCUGGGGCGCUCGCAACCCAACGCCCCGGAGCCGGGGCAGGCGCCUGACGGCCAGGGCAGCUCCUUCUGCCAGACUGUGCGCGAGCCCCGGCGCGGCUCUGCCGAGAGCCCCCUAGCCAAGGCUGACCCCAGGAGCCUGGGCCUGCUGCCUGCCCUCCGCCUGGAGAUGGUCGACCAGGCCAUGGGGGCCCUGGGCCGGCGGAGGGAGAGCGUGGAGCAGGGCUACUCGUGCCGGAGGAUGAGCCCCAGCAGCCCCCCGGGCUGUGCUGCCUCCCGCACGGAGGGGAGCAGCCCCCAGGAGCUGGACAUCCAUAGCUGUGCCACGGGCCGCUGAGGCACUGGCCCUCUCCCUCCUCCUUGUAGGGUGCUUGCUGUGUGCUUUCCUCUGCCACAUUCCUGCCAAGACACCCCCUCUCCUUUAUUUAUUGCAGUGACUCCUCACCCCUGUCGUGUGCCUGGCAGGUAGAGGCCUCCCCCAGCUUCCUCCAGCCUGAGUUGCUGCCCUGGGCCUGGUAGGGGUGGGAGGUGGCACUGGGGAAGGGCAAAGCUGGUCUAGAGGGGUGGUGCAGAGCCCCUGCUGAAGGGGGCAAGACCCUUCUGUCCUAGGAGAGCAGCACUGGCCUCACACCUGAGGUGGGCCAGGAGGCAAGGGUAGGGGUCCAGUGGCAAUGGUGAUGGGCACAGAGUGAGGACCACCCCAGGGCCCCCUGAGAUCAAAGCUUGCCCCUUCCCUGCUGCAACCACCGUGCCUCAGCCUUGGAUGUAGUGCAAGCAACAAAAUAAACCAUCCUGCCCA